UCUUUGCCAAAUGAUUUAAGGCUGUUCCCUUAAAUGGGUUUCUUUGCAAAUUGGACAUUUGGCCCAACAAGAGGGUUGUUGUACUGCUUUGAUGAAAUGGGUUUUCAUUUUUUGGUUGGAUCCUAAGAGGUUAAAAAAGUUCAGAUUUUGAACAGUGGCUUUCCACCUAAUUCUGCUCAAAAGUCUAUUAGUAGUAAAGCCCAUUUUCAUUUGUGAUUCUGUGGUGUGGACUGAGCUGAAGUAUAGCAGAAGGUUGGAGAAGAACAUAACCAUUUUCAUACACUCAGUAGGGAUGGAUCAAGAAACUACCUGAAUUUUCAUUUUCUGUCUGAUAAAGAUUUCCUUUGCAUAUUGUUUUUCAUUAGCUCAUCCCACUGGAGAUUUCAUUUCUCUUUUCUGGGUUUCUUCCAAAAAUGGCAUCAUCCCUCGUCCCCAGCUUCUUUGGCAGCCGCAGGACCAACGUGUUUGAUCCAUUUUCUCUCGACAUCUGGGAUCCUUUUGACGGCUUCUUCACCUCUACAGUAGCCAAUGUGCAAUCGUCGGCAAAGGAAAAUAACUCAGAUUUCAGUAACGCAAGAAUCGACUGGAAAGAGACCCCAGAAGCCCACAUAUUCAAAGCAGACAGACACUCAGGGGCUAAAGAAAGAGGAGGUAGAAGAAGGAAGAAUGAUAAGUGGCACCGCAUUGAGAGAAGAAGCAGUGGGAAAUUUUUAAGGAGGUUCAGGUUGCCGGAAAAUGCAAAGGUGGAUCAAAUUAAAGCUGGCAUGGAGAACUGUGACUAAAUUAUGAAAACCAUAAUAUUAUGAAAUUAAUUUUUAGUUUAUAUGUCUUUACAUUAAUUUUCAAAUUUCUCUAAUGUUCUUAUAUGAAAUGUCUUUACAUUAUUAAUCAGAA